CCCCCCCCCCCCGCGGCUCCGCGCCGGGCGGUCACAUGACGCGGCGGUGGGGAGCGCGGCGAGGAGCGGGCGGGUCACGUGGCGGGGCCCGAGCGGCGGCGGCGGGGCCCGAGCGGCGCUAACGGGGCUGCGGCGGCGGCGAUGGAGGAGACGCGCGGGCCGCAGCCGCGGCUCCUGCCGCCGCUGCGCAAGGAGAAGUGCCGGCUCGAGGGGCAGCUGCAGCGCCUCGCCGCCCGCCUGCCCGCAGGCUCGUGGGAGUCCAACGGCUUCGCGGCAGCGGCGCCCGCCGAGGACCCCGCGGCGACGACGGUGACGGCGGCGGCAGCGGUGACGGCGACGAGCCCCCCGGGCGGCCCCGGGGCGCGGGGGGCCCCGGCUGUGGCGGCGGCAGCGACCCCCCCCCACCGCCCCCACCACUACGGCCGCCCCUUCCACCCCUCCUACCGCAAGAGCUUCCGCCCCGGCGGCCCCACCAAGGAGUGGGGGCCCAGCCCCAACGGGCACGGCCCCCCCGAGGCGGCCCCCCGCGGCGGCGGCGGCGGCUGGGCCGGCCCGCGCCGCGGCUGCCCCCCGCCCGCCUCCGCCUCCUCCUCUUCCUCCUCCUCCUCCUCCUCCUCCUCGCCCUCGCCGGAGCGGCGGGCGCCGGCGGCGCCGCCCGAGGCCUGGCUGCUCUUCCGCCCGCCGCCCGCCUUCCCCGUGGACAGCAGCCGGGCUCGCACCAUCCCCAAGAUCAGCUACGCCAGCAAGCUCAAGGAGAACCUGGAGCGCCCGCCGCCGCUGCCGCCCCCCACCGUGCCCGCCUCGGCCCUCCGCACGGCCGCCCCCGGCCUGCCCCACGGCGGCCCGCCGGCGGCCACCGCCUCCUCCUCAUCCUCCUCGUCCUCCUCCUCCUCGCCGCCGCUGCCGCCGGACCCCGGGCGCCCGGCCCAGCCCCACCUGGGCGCCAUCUUCCAGAACGAGUGGGGGCUCUCGUUCAUCAACGAGCCGGGCGCUGGGGGGCCGGGGGCUGAGGCUGGGGCCUGGGGGGCGGCGGCGGCAGCGGCGGCGGUGGGGCCCGGCGCUGAGGGCAUGAGCCCCCCCGACUGGGAGGCUGCCCACAGCUACCACACGGAAGCUUGGGAUCAUAUAUGGAAAGUGCACAGACAAGCCCCCGGCAAGGUGACGGUCUACGCGGACCCCCUGGACGGGAAGGGUUAACGCUGGGGCGCCGCCCCCGGGCGGGGGCGUGCUGCGGGGGGGAGGGCUGCACCCCGCGGCCCCCCCCCCCCUCUCCCCCGACGGCGGCUCCCGGCCCCCCCCCCUCCUUCCCCCCGGUCCUGUUUUUACCGCCGCGGCUCGGGACCCCCAAUAAACGGCAGAGCCCGGCACGGCC